UUUACUAUUAUUAAGAUACGAAUGAAAUUGGAUCAAUCGAAGAUACGACGGCUAUGGAAUCGAGUCUUGGUCUAAAGGAAGUAAGUAUAAAGGACAGUACAAGCAAGGACUUAGACAUGGUUACUGAGUUUACUGGUUCUACACCGGAGAUUCUUACUCCGGUGAAUGGUUUAACGGUCAAAGCCAUGGCUUUGGUGUUCAGACAUGCGCUGACGGAAGCUCUUAUGUCAGAAAAUUCAAGUUUGGUCUCAAACAUGGACUUGGUUCUUACCACUUCCGAAAUGGAGAUAAGCACGCAGGAGAGUACUUUAGAGACAAGAUUCAUGGGUUUGGUGUUUGCCAUUUCCCUAAUGGUCACUAUUACGAAGGAGCUUGGCACGAAGGUCGUAAGCAACGCUAUGGCACGUAUGGAUUUAUAACCGGCUUUCUCCAGAAACGGGUCUGCUUCGUAAAGCGGUUCAGGUAUGUAUAUAUAAUACCAGAAAGCAUUCGUUUUGGAUGUAAAGGCGGAGACUUUAGGAAGUUACUCAUUGUUAUACUUAAAACCAUUUAUCGUGGGUAAUUGCAGAGUGCUCAAGAGAUGGCGAGAAAAGGUGUGGAUCAGAGACGGGUCGAUGAGCAGGUGGUACGGGCUGUAGCUGCGGCUAACAAAGCUCUCGACAGCUGCUAGAGUUGCAGCUGUGAAAGCCGUUCAAAAUCAGAUUUAUGGUAAACAUUGUUGACACUUGAAAAUGACUUGUAAAGAUGACAUUAACAAACAAAAAAGGUCAAACAAACCUGAAAUGCAACACAAACACUAAACUCAUCAAGCACCUAUGAGAUCGACACAAAAGGAAUGAGCAAGUUAGAAGGAGCUUGAAAGAAAACCAAUGAAAAAUGUGAGUAUGAAUCUUGUGACUGAAAUGCAAAUAACUGCAUGGUUUAGUGACAUCUUCAGUUUUAUUUUCAGCUUGUCUUUGUUU